CUUGACAAUAUUGGCGUUCCAAAAGCGACAACAACAAAACACGGCUUGGUCAUUUUCCUAGGCUAGCGCGCUCAAACACCGAAACAGCACGUGUCCGCGGCCACCGGGCAGGCCAAUGAUGUCCAACGGGCGCUACGGGAGAUUCGGAGCACUCAUCGGCGUCGCCUGCGUGAGCAGCACCCACUGCCGCUUUCUGAUUUACUCAACCAAAAAUGCCGAGGUUCUGGCCUACCACGAGCUCAAGCUGCGCCAGAUUGUCCACCAGGCGGGCUGGAUGGAGUACGAUCCGGCCGAGAUCUGGAAGAACACGCAGGAGUGCAUUGAGACGGCGUACAAGAACCUGGUGAUACUGGAGAUCAAUCCGCACGAUAUCAUCGCCAUGGGCAUCGUAAAUCAGCGCGGCACCUCGGUGCUGUGGAACAAGCAGACGGGUCAGCCGCUGCACAAUGCCAUCGGCUGGUCCGAUUGCCGCAGCACCCCGAUCCUCAAGGGCCUGCUGCACAAUGUCCGGCACAAUGUGGACUACGUGCGAUACCGCAGCGGGUUGCCCCUGAGCAGCUGCUUCAGUGCCCUGAAGAUUCGCUGGCUGAUGGAUCACGUUCCUUCCGUAGCCACUGCCAUGGAUGAGGACAAAGUUCUGUUCGGCACCCUGGACUCCUGGCUGCUGUGGAACCUCACCGGCGGCGUGGAGACGGGCGUGCACUCCACGGACCUUACCAACGCCCACUACACCUCCCUCAUGAACCUGUCCACCCAGCAGUGGGACCCCAAGCUCUGCCAGUUCUUCCGACUGCCCAUGAAUAUACUGCCGCGCAUACGUUCCAAUUCCGAGAUAUUCGGCUACGUGCUGGAGGGUCCUCUGCUGGGCAUUCCCAUAGCGGGCAUGAUGGGCGAGCAGCCGGCCAGUUUGCUGGGCCAGCUCUGCGUGAAGGCGGGCCAGAAUGUGUGCACCCUGGACGACAGCUGCUUCGUGCUGCUCAACACGGCCAGGGAGAGAUUGGACUCGGCAAAUGGACUGAUCACGGGCAUUGCGCACAAGCUGGGCGAGAAGGAGGCCACCAACUACACGCUCGAGGGAGCCAUCUCGAAUGCGGGAUCCACGGUGACCUGGCUAAGGGACACUCAGAUCUGCACCGAAAUUAAUUCCAACGAUAACGUGGUGGAGUCCCUCAACACAUUCAUCGGCGAGAACUCAAUGAUCUCGUCCUCCUGCUCGUCAUCCAUGCUGAAUGCCGAGUGUGGACUGGCGGCCAAGAGGUCGGAGAUCACGUUCGUGCCGGCCUUUCAUGGAAUGUAUGCUCCGUACUGGCGUCACGAUGCCAGGGGCAUUAUCCUGGGACUCACGAGCCAGACCACUGCGGAAAACAUCACCCAGGCGGCGUACGAAGCCACCGGUUUCCAGAUCUUCGAGGUGCUGGAGGCGUUCAAGCGCGAUACGCCCAACUGGGACCGCUCCUGCAUGCAGCCAGUGCUGACGUUUGGCGGCGAUUACGCCGAAAACUCGCAUCUGGUGCAGUUCAUCGCGGACAUAAUUGGCUACAUGCUGGAGCGGCCGCAGACUACUUCACCUGCCGGUUUGGGUGUCAUGAUAGCCGCGGGCGUGACGAUGAAAGUGGUGUCCCUCAAGUACGCCAUGAAAAUGUACGCCCCGCCCACGGAUGUCUUUUCGCCCACAACCACAAAGAAUCGUCGAGAGCUGCUCUAUAGACGCUGGGAUUAUGCGGUGAAGAGAUGCCUGCACUGGAACAACUUCGAGACAUACGAGGCCGAUGUCGAGCUAUUUGCUCAACGAGAACUUGAUCCCAAUUUACCCGUGCGACGUUCUAUUCCCGGUAGUUUGUUCCUGACCACAUCGUUUGCCCUGGUCCUGCUGGCCAACUAUCUAAAGAACAAUCCCCUGAAAUAGUGGCAGCCAAGUUAGGGAGCAGCGACUGUUCUUUCUAGUCAACUGAACACGUUCAACUGUGUGCAUUAAAAUUUAUUGUUUAGUUUAGCAUGUAAUUUUAUAUUAGUUGCUUUGAUAUGUACAUAUAAAUAAUUCUUUUAGUUUUUUGCCCGAGUUGUAGAUCAAAAUAUUUGUGAUUCACCUAUUAUACACCACUA